AUGUUUUGUUGUCUUAAUAGAUGUUUAAAUGGAUUCACACUGACCCCAAGUGUGCCAAUACGGGUGAAAGAGAACCCUAUUCAACUGGAUUCCUUACACAUGGGUCAUGAAGUUGUAUUGGUAAAAAAUGGACAACGGGCUUGUGGUUCUGGUUGUACUCUUGGUAACGCUCCUUUAGUUCAAAAUAAAGCCUACUUUGAAGUAAAGUUGCAACAGGGAGGAGUUUGGGCUGUAGGACUUGCUACCAGGGACACAGAUCUGAAUAGAGUUCAUGGUGGGUUGGAUAAAGAAUCAUGGUGCCUAAACAGUGAUGGCACGGUGCGCCAUGACAAUGUGGAACUUUACCACCUCAGGCCUGCAUCAUGUGAUUCCCCAACAACUGAACUCUUAGUGUCGACAGAGUCACCAAAUCACAAUGAGAAUGAAAAGCCUGAAAAAGAAAAUAUAGCAGAGAGCGCAGCAGUAAUGCCUGCAGAAGGUGAUAUAAUAGGAAUUGCAUAUGACCAUGUGGAGAUGAACUUUUUCCUAAAUGGAAAGAAUAUGGAAAUCCCUGUAAGGAAUAUAAAGGGAACUGUGUAUCCUGCUCUUUAUGUUGACGACGGUGCAAUCUUGGAUAUAAUUUUAGACAACUUCCGAUACCCGCCCCCCUCUGGUUAUGAGAAGAUUAUGGUCGAACAGUCUCUACUCUAA